UUCUAUAUAUAUAUAUAUUUCAUUGUAAAUUUAUAAUUAUAUGGAUCGAGCCACCGCCGCACACGGCCGUCCACUUCCGCCGCCGUUCAUUUCAAGAGACUUCCAUCUCAAUCCCCAUCAUCAUUUCCUCCAACAAAACCCCGAUAAACAGCACAACGAAAAUGGUGGCGGCGGCGGCGGCGGUGGCGGAGACGGCGAGGUCUUGAGACGACCACGUGGUCGCCCCGCUGGUUCGAAGAACAAGCCGAAGCCACCGAUGAUAAUCACACGGGACAGCGCCAAUGCACUCCGGUGCCACGUCAUCGAAAUCGCCAACGCCAACGACGUGAUUGAAACCCUCACCAUUUUUGCACGUCAACGCCAGCGCGGCAUUUGCGUUCUGACCGGCGCUGGAGCGGUCACCAACGUCACCCUCAAGCAGCCGGGCGCCGUGGUCGCCGCUGCUGGAGCGGUGAUCUCUCUGCCGGGGAGAUUCGAGAUUCUAUCGCUGUCGGGGUCGUUUCUGCCUCCGCCAGCGCCGGCAGCGGCAUCUGGGCUGACCGUGUAUUUGUCCGGCGGGCAGGGGCAGGUGGUAGGAGGAAGCGUAGUGGGCCCACUUUUGAGUUCGGGGCCAGUGGUGAUUACGGCUGCUUCAUUCGGAAACGCAGCGUACGAGAGGCUGCCGUUGGAGGAGGAUGACGUGGAAGCGGCGAAAGCGGCGGAUACCGGAAGUAGUCCGGUGAGGUCACCGGAAACCGCCGUGCAACAGCAACAAUUUUUGCCGGAACUUCAUGGAUUGGCACCGCAUCUAAUGAACACGUGUCAAUUGCCGACGGAACCCUACUGGGACACAGGUCGUACUCCACCAUUUUAG